UCAACUUACCAAAUCGAUGUCAAAAUAACAGCGAGUGCUCCGCCCCUUGCUCCGCCGCAUAUUGCAAUCAUGCUUCGCUUGUUCACUCCAUUUGAUAGUGUCGCCUCACGGCGUUCACCGUUGCAUCUCUCUUGUUCCGAUCCAAUCGCCGCCCCCUUCCCUAAGCGAGCGGCAGCGAGAGCGACGGCGGUCGUCGCCAUGAGCAGCGGCAAGGUCGUGUGCGUCACCGGAGCGUCCGGUUACAUUGCUUCCUGGCUUGUCAAGUUCCUUCUGCAGCGUGGAUACACCGUACGCGCCACCGUCCGCGACCCUGCUGAUACUAAGAAGACUGAACAUUUGCGUUCUUUGGAUGGGGCGACUGAGAGGCUUCAUUUAUUUCAAGCCAACUUGCUCGAGGAGGGCUCCUUUGAUGCUGGAACUGAAGGUUGCGAUGGUGUUUUUCACACUGCAUCUCCUUAUUAUCAUGGAAUCACUGAUCCACAGGCUGAGUUAAUUGAUCCAGCAUUGAAAGGGACACUCAACGUAUUGGCUUCUUGCAAGAAGUUUUCUAUUGAAAGGGUAGUUGUGACAUCAUCAAUGGCUGCUGUUGCAUACAAUGGUAAACCACGAACUCCUGAUGUGGUAGUCAAUGAGAGAUGGUUUUCAAGUCCUGGGUUUUGUGAACAGGAGAAGCUAUGGUAUGUUCUCUCAAAAACCUUGGCCGAGGAUGCUGCUUGGAAGUUUGCUAAGGAGAAUGCCAUGGAUAUUGUCACAAUAAAUCCUGCAAUGGUUAUAGGCCCUCUUCUCCAACCAACACUGAACACAAGCUGCGCAGCAAUCCUUAACCUGAUAAAUGGUUCGCCUACAUAUUGGAAUUCCUCGAUUGGGUGGGUAAAUGUUAAAGAUGUAGCCAUGGCACACAUUCUGGCAUUUGAAAUUCCCACAGCCUCUGGAAGAUAUUGUCUAGUUGAAAGAGUUGCUCACUAUUCAGAGGUUGUAAAGACUAUACGCAAACUUUAUCCUUCCCUUCAGCUACCUGAAAAGUGUGCUGAUGAUAAACCCUUUGUGCCAGUCUACCAAGUCUCCAAGGGUAAGUAUAGAAGUUUAGGACUUGACUACAUUCCUAUCGAAACAAGUAUUAAGGAAACCAUUGAGAGCUUGAAGGAGAAAAACUUCGUCAAGUUCUGAAGUUCUUCAACAGGCAAAAUGAAUUGCACUUCCAAGUUGGUGGGAAAACGUAACUGGACUUCAUCUUCUUCAAAGACAGACAGAAUAAAUCACUAUUAAAAAUAAUGGGAAAUGGAGAAUUUUGUGGCGUAGAUAAAAAAAGCCUUUUAAAUUAUUAUUCUUGUAAUGCUUAUUCAGCAAGCUUUUACUUUAUUUCUUUCCUAGAACACAAAGUAUAUGCAUUCCAAUAGUUUUGUAGUGUGCUUGGGGCUGUAACUUCUCUCUUAUAUAGGAUUAAGUCUAUCCUAUUUUGUCGGUGUCACACAGACAAUGACCAACAAUGUAUCUCAGACAGUUCAGUAAAUGCAAGUAAAGACAGCUUCUCUACAAUAGUGUGAUGAGCAUCUGAUGGAGCUGCCAAUCUCUCUUGCAACAUACAGCUUUCGAUCCCUCCGCAAUGGUAAUAUCUUCUUCUCUAAAGCUGGGUUUCGGAAUUUUCUCCCAUUUGUGUUGACACUUACUUUGAGUUGGAUUCUUGCGAACUACAAUUUUCGUAAUUUUCGUAAUUGUAUCAAUGCAUGUCGAUGCAUUUUAUAUGUUGGCACUCUUAUAGCUGUUUUGGUUGUGUUAUAAUCUUUAUUGAUAGAGAUUGUUGACAGUGUAAUAUGUUUAUGGCCAUUAAAGAUUUUUUUCCCUUUA